AAGCGAGAGUUAAAAAUGCGAUCCGACAGCUCUGUUGGCAGUUCUCGCCAAAAUAGAUUCAGUUCUCAGGGAGUAACGUUCGCUCGCGUCGCACUCUCUUUCUCUCCUCAGAACUUGCAACAACUCCCUCCGCGUUUGCAACAGGCACGAGCGAUGAGUGUGGCGUGGCGGACGGUGGCGUGGCUGGCGGUGGCGGCGACGGCGUGCAGCGCCCUCCCCCUCAACGUGUCCGACUUCAUAACGGCGAGGCAGUCUGCCUUGGAGCAGGACCUCGACGCGAUGCUCGGCCACGACCUCAUCCUCUCGGACGCGGAAGAGCUCCUGAACCAGCACCUGAUGGAGGUGAAGCAGGCGGAGCUGAACAGGAGUUACACCACGCUCGACUUCCCUCCUGCGAGGAAUUUCAUCGCCGUGAAGGACCAGAUCGAGGCUUCGGGAGUCUUCAAGAUCCUGGAGGAUAUGCCUAAAGGAGCGGCCUUACAUCUCCACGACGUCCUCUUGACAUCGGUGAAGUGGGUGGUGCAGGAAAUCAGCUAUUGGUCUGACCUGUACAUGUGCCAAGAUUCAGAAGGACACCUGUUCAUGAAGUUCAUGGAAACUCCCGACUCCUCAUGCGCGUGGCAGCUCGUGAGCGAACUCCGCGCCGGGUAUAAGGACCCCAAGGACUUCGACAGGGAGCUGCACGCCAACCUCUCGCUCAUUACGGAAAAUCCAGACGAGCUCUACCCUGACAUCAACACGGUGUGGACUGCCUUCGAGCGCGGCCUCAUCGGCGUCUCAGGGAUGGUCAUGUACAGGCCGGCUUGGGAGAGCUACCUGUACCGCGCCCUGGAGGAGUUCGCCGAUGACAGCGUCCUCUACCUGGAGUUCAGGGGUGUUUUGCCUCCGAUAUAUGAGUUGAAUGGAACGGAAUUAUCUCCGAUUCAAGCUGUGGGCAUUUACUGCGACACAACCCAACGUUUUGUGGCCGAUCAUCCGAAUAAGUUCUUUGGCGCACGAUAUAUCUACGCGCCAAAUAGAAGACAGAGUGAAGACACAGUUUGGGGCUACGUGGACUUGAUGAAACAGCUGAAGGCAGAAUAUCCGGACUUCGUGGCCGGAUUCGACCUCGUAGGGCAGGAGGACCUCGGCUAUCCUCUGAACAACUUCUUGGAACCUCUUCUGUCUCUGUCGAGCGGCAACACAUCCAUCCCUGUGUUCUACCACGCGGGAGAAACAGCCUGGAUGGGCAUGUCGACCGACGAGAACCUGAUCGACGCCCUGCUGCUCAACGCCAGCAGGAUCGGCCACGGCUACGCCAUCACCAAGCACCCGCGGGCCAAGGCGCUCGCCAAGGAGAGGGACGUGCCCAUCGAAGUGUGCCCAAUAUCCAACCAGGUGCUGAAACUGGUGGACGAUCUGCGGAACCACCCUGCGGCGGGCCUGAUGGCGGAAGGGUUCCCUGUGGUGGUGUCAUGCGACGGCCUGUCUGCCUGGGGGGCUAAAGGGCUCUCUCAUGAUUUCUACGAGGCCUUCAUGGCACUCGGGGGCGCUAAGGCUGAUCUCAGGUUUCUCAAGCAGUUGGCUCUCAACUCUAUCAAAUACAGCAGCCUGGACGCCAACGCGACGUCUCAGCUGAGGGACAUGUGGCAGGAGAAGUGGGAUGACUGGGUCAUGUCCUUUGACCUUUCACCUCGCCUGACCCUCGUUUCCUCCUCGACGCUCGCCACUCCGACCUCGGCCGCUGUUCCUUCGGCACCAGCGGCCACGGGGGAAGUCGAGGUCAAUAUCAUUUAGAUAGGAAAUAUAACAUUAAUUUCUGAUUGCUUAGUCGCUGCUGAUGUAAGGUUUUCAUUUUUAAAAGUAUCGGAUGACUUGCAAGACGAAUGGUUUCACGUGGUAAUAUCUGAUUUGAAAUUGUCUUUGUAUCGAAAGUUUGUUGUUGUUUUUUUUCUUUUCAUUAAACAAACAGAAACCAUACUAUCUCCGUGAUAUCGAUGGUGUAUAAGGAAGGUCUCACUAAUGUAAACCUCAUGUAGAAGUAAUUAUACAUGACACCUGUUCUUGAGCACAUUAUUUCUGAGUCAAACAAAAAGUUAAAUUUGA